CGCAGGGUUUUUUGUACGGGCUGACAGUUGCUGAGGAGGAGGCGAGGAAAAAGUGCAUCACUCCCGUUUUUCGGGAUUUUCACUUGGAAAAAUAAUGAAAAAUAAGGCUGCUGAAUGUAGCAGUGGUGCGAAGAAGCGCAAGAGCAAGGUGAGCACUGCCAGGGGGCAGCAGGCGCCCAAGGAGACGACCAAGAGUGAGAGCAUCAAUGGCCACGACAAUAAGGCGGAGAGACCCUUCAAGUGUGAGAUGUGCAGUCGGACGUUCAACGUGCGACAGGCCCUCACCACGCACAUGAGACUCCAUCGCCUGGACGAGGAGGAAGCGCCCGCUGGCGAGACGAAGGACGUGGUGGACUUCGAGACACUGAUCGACGAGACGCGCUCCAGCGAUCCCGGCUCCCUGGCGCGCCCCCCGCGGGCGGGCAGCAAGCGGAAGGCACCGUAAGCAGUAUGAGUGAAUCUCUUUUUGUUCGCAGAACGGAAAAGACUGGCUGAGAGAUCUUCGAAAUUAUGCGCAUCUUUCUUAACAACUUAUUUUCCUAUUGAAUUUUUAUUUAUUAUU